AACCAGUACUAAGAGAGAGAGAGUCCAGUAGACAGAUAGAGUCGAAUAGAAAGGAACUUUUCCUCUUUGCUGAGUUUGGACCGUUCAGUGGUUUGUCGAGGCUCUACUGGUAUGUUUUUGUUGAUGCGACCUUUCAAGCAGCGCGGGUCUUUUUCCCUGUCACUCACUGCAGCUGAUAACUAAUCCAGGAUGGAUCAUGGAGACCGAGGGAUGGGCAUCUCUCACCUUCGCUAUGAGGAAGAGGAGGACCAUCAGUCCAUCUACAUCGGCGUCCCCGUGCCUCGAGGAUAUCGACGGAAACGCCGGCGAAGGCGCUCGAGUCGUGAGGCGUCUGACCUGGACAGGGACAGACGCCACGACCACCACAGACACCAAGACCACGACCACGACCGAUACCAAGACAUAGACAUAGAGGAAGGACUCAUGGAUUCAAACGAUCACAGUCUGGCAGACAUCAACCGCACAAUGUCUCCUGCAGCUGAACGACUACGUUACAUCCUGAGUGAAGAUGACGACAUGCCCACGCCGACACUUUUCACCGAAAUGGACACUCUGCAACGAGAAGGAGACGAGCUGGAGUGGAAGGAGUCCGCCAGGUGGGUGAAGUUUGAGGAGAAGGUGGAGGAAGGAGGAGAGAGGUGGAGUAAACCCCACGUGUCCACGCUGUCCUUGCAUAGUCUUUUUGAGCUGAGGACGUGUCUCCAGACGGGAACGGUACUGCUGGACCUGGACGGAUACUCAUUACCACAGAUAGUUGAUGACAUAAUUGAGAGACAGAUGGAGGAAGGAAUGAUAUCUCCUGAUCUGAGAGAAAAGAUCAGUUUUGUCCUGUUGAGAAAACAUCGACACCAGACCAAGAAGCCAAUCCACCGCUCGCUGGCAGAUAUCGGCAAAUCCAGCUCCUCCACUGGUCGGCCCAUGGGGUCUCGAGGUGGACUGGGUCCGGGUCCCGGACCAGUGGCCAACUUUAACCGAUCCACAGAAGACCUUCGAAUGAAACAGCAGCCUCCCAACUACGGCCGCCUGCGUCACGCCCAGAGCAGGAGUAUGAAUGACAUUGCAGAUACUCCGAGCACCGACCAGCUUAAAAAUAAGUUCAUGAAGAAGAUCCCCCGAGACGCAGAGGCAUCUAACGUGUUGGUGGGUGAAGUGGAUUUCCUCAACAAACCCUUUGUAGCCUUUGUUCGUCUCGCUCAAGCGACGACGCUCGGAGGUCUCACAGAAGUCCCCGUACCCACCAGAUUCCUGUUCAUUCUCUUGGGACCCCAGGGAAAGGCCAAGUCCUAUAAUGAGAUCGGCCGAGCCAUAGCAACCCUAAUGGUGGAUGAUCUCUUCAGUGAUGUUGCUUACAAGGCCAGGGAUCGGGAAGACCUCAUCGCCGGCAUAGAUGAGUUUCUGGAUGAAGUGAUUGUCCUUCCCCCUGGAGAAUGGGACCCUAAAAUCCGCAUUGAGCCACCAAAGAAAGUCCCCUCAGCUGACAAAAGGAAGUCAGUGUUUUCCCUAAAUGAACUGGGACAGAUGAACGGUACAGCUGGAGGAGGAGGAGGUCUGGCUGAGGAUGAGGAGAUGCCAGUGCCGCAUGAGCUCGGAGAGGAGUUGGCAUUCACGGGCCGCUUUUGUGGAGGUCUGUACCUGGACAUAAAGCGGAAAUUGCCAUGGUUCCCUAGUGAUUUCUAUGAGGGUUUCCACAUCCAGUCCAUCUCUGCUGUGCUCUUCAUCUACUUGGGCUGCAUCACCAAUGCCAUCACAUUUGGGGGCUUGUUAGGAGACGCCACUGACAACUACCAGGGUGUAAUGGAGAGCUUUCUGGGUACAGCUCUGGCGGGUUCCGUGUUCUGUUUCUUCGGCGGUCAGCCUCUCAUCAUCCUCAGCUCCACCGGACCCAUCCUCAUCUUUGAGAAGCUCCUGUUUGAGUUCAGCAAGAACAACGGCAUCGAUUACAUGGAGCUGCGUCUGUGGAUCGGUAUCCACUCCUGUCUGCAGUGUUUCAUCCUGGUGGCCACCGACGCCAGUUACAUCAUCAAGUACAUGACUCGCUUCACGGAGGAAGGCUUCUCCAGCCUCAUCUCCUUCAUUUUCAUCUCUGAUGCCAUCAAGAAGAUGGUGGGCGCCUUCAAAUAUUACCCCAUCAACACAGACUUCAAGCCUGACUAUGUCACCGCCUACAAGUGCGAGUGUUUGGCCCCAGACCCGGUUCCAAUGCCAGAUAACAGCUCUACUGUGUCUGGGUUGAAUGUGACAGCUCUGGACUGGAGUCAGCUCAGUAAGAAGGAGUGUCUGACCUACGGAGGCUCUUUGGUGGGAAAGUCCUGCAAAUACGUCCCCGACCUGGCCCUCAUGUCGUUCAUCCUCUUCUUUGGAACGUACUCCAUGACCGUUUCUCUAAAGAAGUUCAAGUUCAGCCGCUACUUCCCCACCAAGUUGAGGAAACUCAUCAGUGACUUUUCUAUCUUCAUGUCCAUCAUGACAUUUGUGGGGCUCGAUAUGCUGAUGGGCCUCAAAACUCCCAAACUUAUCGUCCCGACGGAAUUCAAGCCAACUCGCCCAGAUCGUGGCUGGCUGGUGAUGCCGUUCGGGAAGAAUCCAUGGUGGAUAUACCUGGCCAGCUUCGUCCCCGCCCUCCUCGUCACCAUCCUCAUCUUCAUGGACCAGCAGAUCAGCGCAGUCAUCGUCAACCGCAAGGAGAACAAACUAAAGAAAGGUUGUGGCUACCAUCUGGAUCUGUUCUGGGUGGGGGUCCUGAUGGCCACCUGCUCCUUCAUGGGACUGCCUUGGUACGUCGCCGCCACCGUCAUCUCCAUCGCCCACAUCGAUUCUCUGAAGAUGGAGAGCGAGUCCAGCGCUCCCGGAGAGCAGCCGCAGUUCCUCGGGGUCAGGGAGCAGAGAGUGACGGGCAUUUUGGUGUUUGUUCUCACUGGAGUCUCCAUCUUCCUCGCUCCGAUACUGAAGUUCAUUCCGAUGCCUGUGCUCUAUGGCGUCUUCCUAUACAUGGGUGUCGCUUCCCUCAGUGGAAUCCAGUUCUGGGACAGAAUUAAGUUGUACAUGAUGCCGUCCAAGCACCAGCCCGACUUCUCCUACCUCCGUCAUGUUCCUCUGAGGAGGGUCCAUCUGUUCACUCUGAUCCAGAUCACCUGUCUCGCUGUACUCUGGAUCCUCAAAUCCACAUUCUUGGCCAUCAUUUUUCCUGUUAUGAUCCUUGGUCUGAUGGUCGUCCGAAAGAUGCUAGACAUGGUAUUCUCUCAGCACGACUUGGCCUGGCUGGAUGACCUCCUGCCUGAGAAAGAGAAGAAGAAGAAGGAUGACGACAAGAAGAAGGGGAAAGAGAAAGAGAAGGAGAAGAAGAAGCCCAAAGCGGACGACAGCGAGGAAGAGGACAAGCACCGCUCGUACUCCAACCACUCGCCCAGCUCUGAGUCAGACUUGGAUCGCAGCAUCACCCUCCACCUGAAGAUCUCCUGCCCGUCGUCUCCAGCCGCGCCUAUGGGCCGAGGGAUGACCUGCCCCGUGCCCCAGGUCAAGAUCGAGAUGGAAUCGGACUACGACUCGGACAUUGACCACCACCGGCCCCGGGACAUGAGCAGCGAGACCACGUUAUAAAGCUGAGACCAGACAUCUUGCCGUCGGAGCAGCGUUGGAUGAGUAUGGAAUGCUGUGCACGGCCACUGCUGCAUGUGGACAGUACUGAGUGGCACAGCUGAGGGGAAGCCACUGUAACCGAGUGAACCAGUGACUACAGUUGGAGAAGUCACGGCUUUAGCUGCAUCUGCUUUCUGACAAAUUUUGCUUUUAAAGAUAUAUUGAGUACGGAAUUGUAUAAAGAGAGAGGAUAUAUUUAUCUGUAUAGUAAACUUGAUGUGAAAAUAUUUAUCUUUAUACAAAUAGCUAUAUAUAUUGAUAUUAUACUAUGAUAUAAAUUACUCCAAAUCUACUCUAAACUCUAAUUUAUUGCGGUGUCUGUACAUGUUCUUCAUAUUAGCCUGUCUGUACAGA